AUGUUUGGAAACUUCGGCGACGCGAUCGCGUUAACGCAGCCGCCACUCGAGACGCGACACGCCCGUCGAGGGCACCUCACUCGACUGAUCCAAAAUAGUUCCCAACUCACGGAUUCCCUUACUCCGAGUGGCUCUCGCCGCAGCGCCGUCGUCCGUAGAGCGGCUACGUUCGUAGCAGAUUGUAGCCUCCAACGCUACGGAGACUCUCAACAAUAUAACACCAGCCUGCGACUUAAUAAAACUUCUCAUCUUAAUAAAUUUGUUACCCACGAGGUCCAUCGUUCUUGCGAGUGA